CUUGAUUCCACAUCAUGACGUGGCGGAGGUUCGAAAUCUGCGCCGUGACUGAUGCAGCCGUCGAGUUGCGUGCGGGUGACGGGUUGCGCGCGCGAGCUCUGAAGGCGCGCGCGACGCCUCGCAGCAUCCCGCAGCCCGCUGCGCGACAGUGUUCUGCGGGCCGCGUUCGUGACGGCGGCAUCUCCGUCUCGCACUUCGUGUCAGUUCGCACGCGACGCUCGCGUAUUUUGAACCUCCGUUGCCGAUUUGGAAGCGCGUUACUUUCAGUGCCCGUCCCGAGAGUUUUGUUGCGAAUGUAGUAGUUUUGAUAUGGUCGUUGUUUUAUAAUGAAAAUCGGAAUACUAAAGAACUCUAUGUGCAUCAUUCCCUUUUGAUUCACGGACCAUUGCCCGGCGAGCGGCGCAGCUGGAGCAACCAGUGAACGACCGGGCCCGUCAUGCAUCCGCCGAUCUUCACUCCCGAAAUGACCAGUCGUCUACGAUCGUCCUGAGUUUAUUCGUUCGAUGUAUUUGAGCGCGGAAACGUUGAAAUAUUGAAUCUUUCCGGUCGAAAACCGACACUUAUGAAGUUCGCGAUUCUUGAUUCCCGAUCGAGACACAAUUGGAAAAUAUUCGCGAAUUUCGUACGUAUAACUGACGUUCGGUUUGGAAACGUAUGACCGAGAUACGAUCCAGGCGUCACUCGACAUAGUUGUCCGGUAAAAGGCAGUUUGAAGCUUUUCGGGAUUCCGGGGUGUGUUGGAAAUAGUCACGUGGAAGUUUUUCUGAGCCUCGCGUUAUUAUAGACACAAUUUCCGAAUGUCGUGAAAAUCUGGUCAGAUUCCUCAACCACGUGCGUUGGCCGAGAUUAUUCUGGGAUCGAUGUUGGAAGUAUUUGACUAUCUGACGAGAUUUUGUGUGACAGUGUUAUUUCAAUUUAUUUGUUUAAAAAAGAAUUAUCUGUACCUAUUUAAGAGGUACUCGUGCCUGAGAAGUGACUGCUUUAUACUACUUACGCCCCUCUUUUUGAUCUAAACUUUGAUGGUCAAGAAUUUUUCAAACCAUAUUUUAGUGCAAAAAUUAUAACCUAAAUUAUGAUGAAAGAACUCCCUAUCAAGUAAUCUGUUAGAUAAAGUGACAUGCUCGGAUAGGAGGGGCGUACCUAUUAUUAAACAUAACAUUAUUCCGUGGUGUUCCAGUCAAAUCACUGCUGUUAUUAAAAACGUAUCACUCAGUUGAGCGUAUUUUUUAUAUGUAUCUAGACAAUGAUACCCACUAAUGCUGCUUUGAAAAUAUUUUCUUCAAAACGCUCUUAAAAUACUGAGUAAUCAAAUCGCAACACAUUUAUUGGGUUUAAGUAGUCCUCGCGGAAGGGCGAGCGUUUGUAGGUUUGAUUAAAUUGUGAAGUGCAGUGAGUAACAGGGUUUUAAUCAUACACUGCUUCAGACGAGAGAACGCGAUCAUUUCACGAGAGAGUGCGCUGCAGGUAAAAGGGUUUUGAAAAUGCUGCGGAUCAAAUUUCAGCACUGCAAGUCGUCGGCUCGCCGUCGAUGCGCCGUUGGCGGAGAGUGAUUCCGGUCCAGCGUAUUUCCGUGGAAAACUGGGCGGAAAUGCCGUCAUCCGGUGUUGACGAACCGUUGCCCCACUUCGGAGAUUGGCGAGUUCCUGGCUGCUGCGAACCACUGGCCGAGUAAUAUGCGCUUGAACCCAUUCCAGAAGAACAUGAUAAUGUGCCUCGGCCGAUGGUUUGCAACCUGAGCAACUUCGACGUGGCCUGCUGGUCGCGGAUGAACAUGGCCCGGCCGAACGAAACCCUUUUCCCCUACGACGAGGCCUUCAAGGUCCUGCUGGAGCAGUCCCUGGCCGGGACGCAGAACCUGGACGACCGGACCUCGCUCCUCCUGACGGUGGCCUACGUGCUCCUCCUGGCCGUCGGCGUCGUCGCCAACUGCGUCGUUUGCUUCGUCGUCGUCCGCCGCGCUCAGAUGCAAACCCCCCGCAACAUAUACAUCGUCAACCUCGCCGUCUCGGAUCUCACCCUCUGCCUCAUCUGCAUGCCCUUCACCCUCGCCAAACUCCUCCGCCGUUCCUGGGUCCUUGGUGCGUGCAUGUGCAAGCUGGUACCUUUUAUUCAGGGAACCAAUAUUAUGGUUUCAAUCGGGACAAUCACGGUCAUCGCUCUGGACCGAUACUUCACUAUUGUACGCGGCUGUGACGCCAGUAAUAGUCGUCGAAGAGUAUACUGGUCCAUCCUUCUUGUAUGGGUAUUCUCCGCCUGGUUUGCUCUCCCGGUUGCCUACUAUCAGGCGGUGAUCCCGGCGAAGAUCGGGGAGGAUUUCGUGAUGUACGAGGUGUGCCUGGAGCAGUGGCCGAGCCAGACGGGACGGAUGGUUUAUACGGUGGUGGUGUUGCUCUGCCAGGCGGUCGUGCCGGCCUCCGUCCUCAUCCUGGUUCACCUCUCCAUCGCCGCCCACCUCCACUGCCACGCUCGCACCCAGUCCGACGGCCGUCGAGCCGCCCGCGAACUUGCUCGCAACAAGCGCACAACUUUUAUACUCGCAGGUGUUGCGCUGUUAUUCUUGUUGUCAUGGCUGCCAUUGAAUGCUUACAUGCUGGCAGUGGACGUUAUGUACCCGCAGGACGACGUCGGGUACAAGCUCCAGGUGCAGGACAUUUACCUGCCGUUGGCUAUCUGCCACCUCAUUGCCAUGUCAUCGGCUGUCUCCAACCCAAUCGUUUACGGCCUUCUCAACUCUAACAUUCGCCAUGAACUCCUUCAGCUUUUGCCCAAGAAGUGCGUCCCUGCACCUAGCAGACACCAGGUGCGGAGAAACGCAACGGAGGAACACACUACGCGGACGAACCUGCAAACAUUCAAUGCGACCGGGGGGAUCUCGAAGCAGGGGCACAGUCGCCAGGGGAGCGAGGAGAACCUUACGACAGCUGAAAUCGUCAUCAACAACAACAAAGACAUCAUUACCAUGUUCUAGGAACAGCCCCGCGAUCUGCCUCAAAGGAAACUCGAGGAGACCUCACUAUGAUCACGCCUUAAAACAAAAUCUAGUAAUUAUUGACAACUGAAAAAAUAAAAUCAUAGAAUAAAUAGACUACGUCAACAGAAGCGAAAGCUCCGUAAGAGCCAAUGUUAACAUUUUUCUUCCCAGGGUCGGUACUUCUUGAAACCUGAUUUGAGGUUAACCUACAAAAAAUAUUGGAAAGAAAUCUAAAAUUUUAAGCAACUUUACAGUAAUGCUCCGAAUUAACGGUAAAUAAGUGUAAAAAAAAUAUUUUUUAAUUCCUACAAACGUCUGUAUUCGUUAUCAUUCGGCCUUUCCAGCACGUCGACAUGCCGAUCGAAGACGUGAACAGUACUUAUUGACUCAGUUUCGCUUCGAUGACAUAAAAGUGGCGGUGGCUUUCGCUUCUAUUGGCGUAGUCUAUUCAUUCUAUGUUAAAAUAGUAGCUCAUAGGUACUGAGCCCCGGUUCUAUCAUGAAUUGUCGCACGAAUAUGAAUUAUGUCUGAAAAUUGAGAGGCGAAUUGAUUGACUGUCAAAUUUUAAAAGAAGAUUAGAUUCACGAUACAAGGCAUGAAAUCCCCUCAAAAAUACAAAGCUUACAAUUCUUCUUUGACAGGAAAGAAAACUUGACCAGCGGUGGUAGAAUUUGCCCUCAGAAGUCAAUUCCAUUCUAGUUGGAAGUAGGUAUUGAGAUGUGUUUUCCUGAUAAUCAGAAAAGACCUCAUUGCCCCAUACUGUGAAAUCCAAAAUCAUCAGCGGACGCAAUAUAGGUUGAGUAGAGUUGUCAGCAAACCUACUUUGUCUACUUGCAUUGAAUUUCAUGCGGAAUAAUCAAAACUUUUGCCGCAUUACAAUGCUAACUUUGCCCAUACGUGGCAUUAAUUUGUAAGCGUUCAAAGUGUUUAGGAUUCUCCAAAAUUGUUCCAACCAGCAGGUUUUAUGUUCUGACAUGAGGUUGAAUGGUUGAUUCGUAAAAAUGUCUAUUUGAUAAAUGCAAAAGGUCUUCCCUCGAGUUUUGUAUUGAUAAAACAGAUCGCUCCUUUCCAAAUAUAAAAUAUUUUAGAAUUAAUAAUACAUUCUUUAACCCGAAUUAAGAUGCGAAUAGAAAGUAAAGCUCUUCAUUUUUGUAUUGACAUGGGAUAGCAUUUUAAAGAGACCACCUUAUGUAUCCUUCUCGAAAGACUAAACGGAAAUAACAUUUUAACCUGAGAGCUGAGAUAAAUUUCAUAUGAUAGUUACAAUUGUGGCUGUAUCACGAUUGCUUCCAGUUGAAAUAACAUUUACAAUACGUCCCUAAGAAUUCUGAGCUAAAUCUAAGACAAAUUAUACUUCGCAAUGGAAAGAGACACUCUUUAAGUGGAAGGUAUCGUAUUUUUUAAAUUCUAAUUGUUCUCUUAAGUCAGAAUUCCUUCUAAACAAAAUCAGAAUUUAGAACAAAGCUAAAAAAUUGGUCCUUUCCCAAUGUACCUCUCGUUUACUAUCAAUUUAUAUGAAUGUAUAAAUAAUAUCGGUCACUUCAAAUCCAGAAAAUUGAUAAGCAUGACUGUAACUGUUAUAUAAAAAUGAUAUCGUACCUUUAAAGAUGAAACGAAUUUCCAAUCUUUUGAAUAAGAGCUUGACUCUUGCUUGAACUAUUCCAACAACUAAAAUGUUUUGUUUUUGUGAUUUCUUGAUGGUUUCCCAUUUUAUAUGUGCAUUUAUGAUUACCUUUUCAAGUCUUUGUUUUAAAUAUUAAGAAUUGAUGUAACUCUAAGUGCAAUUAUUAAUGUAGUAAAUCUAUGCCUCUUGACGUCCAAUUAUAUUUUGCUUAUCAUA